UGUCAGAGACAGGAAAGCUGCUGUCCUGAGGUAAAUUAACUUGUCACCGCACCCAUGUAGUCUGCAGUCUAUUUCCUUUACCGAACUUCACAGCAGAUAUAUGAUUCAACUCAGCAGCACAGCCUCUACAUGUGCAGCUCAAUGGAAAAUGUGGCUUAACAAAGUCUUCAGUGUCAUAUAUUUAACUGCUGUUUGUGCAGCUCAAGAUCCUCAAGAUGUCACCUCCGUGGUCGGAGACAUCUCGCCAACAGCGAUUUCAACGAUCUAUGUGCCUCCCGUACCAUCUCUGCAGCUACAGUCAGCCUGGGAGGAUGUGUUCCCUUCUGAGAAAGUGGAGUUCAGUUGUAGUAUCACUGGCAGCUCUGACUGGGUCUUCACCUGGUACCGAAGUGGACAGCUUGUACAAGAUUACGAUCCAAAUGUGUUAACAAACGGAUCAAUGCUUACAGUCACUGCAGCAACACAAAUAUAUUCUGGAAAUUAUUUCUGUAAAGGUCAACACAAAACAAAGAGCAUUACUACUGCAGCUAGUAACUCAAUCAAACUCACAGUUAAUGCAAACAAGCCCAAGCCAACUUUGAGCCGAAGUUCAAACUUUGGGAUGUUCCCCGGAGAGUCUGUCACCUUCACAUGCAAGGUCAAUAUGUCCAGGGGAUGGGAAUAUCUGUGGUACCAUAAUGGAACCAUUCAACCACCUAAUAAUAAUACUUAUACCAUAAAUUCUGUAAAACAUUCUAACAAUGGAGAGUACCACUGCAAAGCCAAGAGAGGGAAAGGCCCAUUCAACACAGAAGAGAGUGAAAAAACAUCUCUGCAGGUCUCUGACCCACCUACACCAUCUCUGAAGCUGGAGAGUCGCUGGCCAGAUGUAUUUGAAAAUGAGAUUUUAGAGUUCAGCUGUGAAGUCGUCGGCAGCUCUGACUGGACGUUCACCUGGUACCAAAAUCAAAAGAAGCUCCAAGAGGACUUUAUCCUGAGUCUGGAUGCAGAGGAAGCUUUGCUCAACAUCACCUCGGUCAAUCUAACCCAUGAAGGAGGCUAUGCCUGCAAAGCUCACCACAAAUCCAGGGGAGUCAGCUCUGGGUUCAGCAACACAGUUAAUGUCAGAGUUUAUGAAAAAAGACCAAAACCAACAUUUAGCAAGGAUCCUGGUUUUAACCCAAUGUAUGUUGGAGAAACAGUGAAGUUCACUUGCAAAGUUGAUGUGUCCUCUGGCUGGGAGUAUGACUGGUACAAAGAUGGACAUUAUCUCCUUGCCACCAGCAAAACCCAUCAUGAAAUCCAUCUUGGUCCUUCUGAUGGGGGGAAUUACUGGUGCAAGGCCACCAGAGGCGAAACAACAUCAACAGACGAGAGUGAGAAAAUACCACAAGGUGUUCUUGAAAUUCCUCUUCCAUCUUUGAAGCUGAUAACACCGUGGUUGGAUGUGUUCCCUACUGAGAUUGUGAAGAUGAGCUGUGGGAUGAACGGCAGCUCUGGCUGGACAUAUACAUGGUAUAAAGAGGGACAGAAGGUCCAGGCUGAUAAUGUUGUGUCUUUUGACUCAAAUGGAGCUACUCUGUCCAUCAACUCUGCUUCAGCUGCACAUGCAGGACGAUAUAAAUGCAACGGACACCUGAAGGACAGGUCUGUCAGCAGCAGCUUUAGUCCUGAACUUACUCUCAGAGUAUAUGAUAAGAAACCCACUGUCAUACUGACGCAGGAUCCAGACUACAAGGUGAUGUUCCCUGGGGAGUCCGUCUCCUUUAGCUGUCACAUUAAUGUCUCCUCUGGAUGGGAGUACCUGUGGUACAAAGACGGCAGUACACUCCCCGUAUCUGGAAACAGUCACACCAUCAGUUCUGUUGUGAGAUCAGACACUGGAUCAUAUAAAUGCCAAACUAAAAGAGGAAGGAAUACAGUCUUCCACUUAGAACAGAGUCAUGCUAUACGCCUUGAAGUUGAAGAGAACACGCCUAAGCCCUUGAUGACCCAACAGCCAGAUGUUAACAAGGUGUACACUGGAGAGUCAGUGUCCUUCAAAUGUAAAGUUAAUCUCUCAUCUGGUUGGGGGUACAUCUGGUACAAAGAUGGAGCAUCACUCCCUAUCAACAGCAGUAGUUUUAACAUCCAUGAUGCCAAUGAAUCUCACAGUGGGACUUACACGUGCAUGGCCACAAGAGACAAAACAAAGUACAACACGGAGCACAGUGAUGAAUGGAUCUUACACGUAUCUGAAAUUCCUGUUCCAUUUUUGAAGCUAACAACACCGUGGUUGGAUGUGUUCCCCACUGAGAGUGUGAAGAUGAGCUGUGGGAUGAACGGCAGCUCUGACUGGACAUAUACAUGGUAUAAAGGGGGACAGAAGGUCCAGGCUGAUAAUACUAUCGUAUCGCUUGACUCCGAUGGAACUACUCUUUCUAUCAGUUCUGCUUCAGCCUCACAGCGUGGACAAUACAACUGCUCAGGAAAACUCAAGAGCAGGUCUGUCAGCAGCAGCAUUAGUUCUGGACUAACACUUGAUGUUUAUGAUACAAAACCCAGGGUCAUACUGAUGCAGAAUCCCAAGCACAAUGUGAUGCACACUGGAGAUUCAGUCUCCUUUAGCUGUCACAUUAAUGUCUCCUUUGGAUGGGAGUACCUGUGGUACAAAGAUGGCAGUACACUCCCCGUAUCUGGAAACAAUCACACCAUCACUUCUGUUGCGAGAUCAGACACUGGAUCAUAUAAAUGCCAAGCUAAAAGAGGAAGGAAUACAGUCUUCCACUCAGACCAGAGUCAGGAUGUAACACUCGACAUUAAAGAGCGCCCACAGGCUAAUAUAAUCCUGUUAACUGGCUGGUCAGAGGUCUUCUCCACUGACAGCUUGGUGCUCAGAUGUGGGGUGCAGGAAAGCCAGGACAUAUGGAACUACACAUGGUUCAAAGAGAACAAACAAAUCGAUCUGGAGCCCUCUGAGAAACAUACAGUCACACCCCAGGAUAAUCAUGAGCAGAGUGGUUACACCUGCCAGGGCAUUCGCACCGGUAGACCAUCAUAUUCAAAAAGAAGUGAUCCUUUCAAUACCAAGAACCUUCUUUUGAAGAGGAGGGUGCUUCUUUCCAUCUCUGGCUGUCUCUUCUUUGGCAUCAUCGCAGUCUUCCUCGGAUGCAUUGUCCUCAAAGUCAUCCGCAAACCAGCUGAUGAUGAAGAUAAGCCAGAAGAGGGGAACCUGUUUCUCACCAUGGCCCAGCUAAAGAACUGUACUGAUGCACCCUGUCCACUGGUUGACUACAUCACCGAUGAAGCACUGAAUGCUUCAUCUAAAGAAGGGGAUGAGAAUGGCACGAUUUGCAGUGAAACAACACCAUUACCAAUAACCUCGCAGGACGACCAAGCUGCUACGACUGAGAGCCAUGAUGAUGAAAACAACGGUGGGCUAGUUUCCUUUAAACAAUGAGUCACUGAAGCUUUAUUUGCAUCAGUUUAGCAGAAAAUUAUUAACAAGUCUAUAGACUUGCUACAGCCCUGUAAGGCUUUAACGCUUAUAAUGCACCAGAAAACAUUUCUGGCUGUAUGAAAACUGGAGAGACAAUUUCGCUAUUGUGCGAUGCUUAUAACUAGUGGGGCUAAAAAUGGAAAGUUUGAGUGAUGUCAGAGGAAAGACCAAGCUGUGUACAGGGGCCAUCAUAAGACAUCUAAGACUCAUCUUGUCUGGGUCAACUCUACAUGGUCAGACUUUCAGCCUCAGCUGUGCUUUGACCUGAACGCUAACGUUAUAAGAUUCACUAUGUUAGCCAUUCCACCCAUCCAUCCAUUAGCUAUAUCUGCUUAUCCAUGAGGGUUUAUAUGAUAAACAUAAAUCAUAUACAUUAUUGUAUUCACUGUACAUAUGUGAUGAUCUGUAGGAGAAUUGUUUCAAUUCUUAGAACAAACACCAGAUGUCAGUAGAUAUGUUAGCUUAUUUAAUGUUUAAUGUUAAAGUUGUAAAUGGUUCAGCAAUGAAUGUUUUAGGCAACCAGUUGGAUAUUGUUUGAUAUAUUUAUAUACAAUAAGUGAUUCUGCAGAAAUGCCAUUCAAGCCUUUUGUGUCUCCCUAUGAAAUUAUCAAAAUAAAAAAUACAAAAUGUU